CCAGAGACCUAUGCCUGGCUUCCCUUCCUGUCUUUUUCUCCCGCUCUCGGCUCCUGCUCCGCCAUGGCUCCCAAAGGCGGCUCCAAGCAGCAGUCCGAGGAGGACCUGCUUCUGCAGGAUUUCAGCCGCAAUCUCUCGGCCAAGUCGUCGGCGCUCUUCUUCGGGAACGCGUUCAUCGUGUCCGCCAUCCCCAUCUGGUUAUAUUGGCGAAUAUGGCAUAUGGAUCUCAUUCAGUCUGCUGUUCUGUAUAGUGUGAUGACCCUAAUAAGCACUUAUUUGGUAGCUUUUGCAUACAAGAAUGUAAAAUUUGUUCUCAAGCACAAAGUAGCACAGAAGAGGGAAGAUGCUGUUUCCAAAGAAGUGACUCGAAAACUUUCUGAAGCUGAUAAUAGAAAGAUGUCUCGGAAGGAGAAAGAUGAAAGAAUUUUGUGGAAGAAAAAUGAAGUUGCAGAUUAUGAAGCUACAACAUUUUCGAUCUUCUAUAACAACACUUUAUUUCUGGUCUUGGUCAUUGUUGCUUCCUUCUUUAUACUGAAGAACUUCAAUCCUACUGUGAACUACAUUUUGUCCAUGAGUGCUUCAUCAGGACUCAUCGCCCUUCUGUCGACUGGCUCCAAGUAGUCCAUGUCAUCUUUGCCCCUGGCUUUGUAUCUAUGGGUGGCCUGUGGCAUAUGGAACAGUAGCAGGGUGGUCAGGGUGGAAGACACACAAGAUGUUUUUAUAGUCUGGAGUUUGAGGGUUUUAAAAAACCCAACAGAAUGUAAUUCAGUAUUUGUUUAUUGGCUCUUUUUGACAGAUUGUUGAAAUUAAAUGAAUUGAAAGGGAAACUCUCAGUACCAGGACAUUUAUUAAAAGCAAAAAGUGUCUCAAAAUGUGCUGAAUUCACAAGAGGAGAAAAUAACUUGUUUCCUUGAUCUGUCAGAGGUCACAGUAACCUGGACUGAGCUGUUAUUAUUUAUAAUAGGAGCAAGAAGUUAAUAACUGGUUCUCUGUGUUCCAAGCAUAAUAUUACAACUUUUUUUGAACCGUAAAUAUCAGAAUGAAUCCUCUUCCCAGGGGAUAGAACAGAAACCUCUUGUUUACAAAUCUCUGAAUUUGUGAUUUGAAACAAGAUAAAGUUAAAAACUUGGUCUCUCCAACUUGGGGAAGAGAGACUUGUGGGAAAAUUCCUUUUUUAAAAAAAAAAUUUAGAAGAGGAAAGGCAGCCAAAGUAACCUAAAAAUAGUGCCCAGGCAUAUGAGAGUUGUCCUGCAGGGUUAAAGCACACACUGUUCAGCCGUAUGGCUCUGGCCCUGGGUGGCUAGGGCGGUCAACUUGACCCUGCCAUGUUGGUUUGACUAGUUAAGACACUGGAGUCAUUGUUUUCCUUGACCAGGGUCUCACGCCACUGGAAGAAUGCUAAGUGAGAGAGAGAGAACCUCUUUCCUGAAUAUUGACAUGUAAAAGACCAAAGUAAUUUUUGUGAUCUUAGUUCUGGAAUUCUAAGAACUCUCCAAGGAAUUUACCGUCAUUUUAGUGCUUGUCAGCAUUUUUCCAUUAGGACUUUCAUAAAUUUGGCCCUUUAGUCCACAGGUUCCCAUCAGUUGAGAACAAAUUAUUGAUCCCUUCUGCUCUUAAGGGUCCAGCUAAGACGAGUGUCUCAUAUUUGUUACCAUGUUUGUACAGAUAUUAUCAUUUUCUGCCUGUGUGCCAUGACUUGGAAAAGUUUGAAAACUUCUUUAAACUCUGCCACUUAAAAGGAUGUGGAAUCAUGAGUGAUACUGGUUUUAUAUUCCUAUUAGCUUUUGACCACAUCCAGUAAUUUUCUAUAAGCAGUACCUCUAAGGAAAUAUAUUCCUGAUCUUUAGUUUCCACUUCUGAAUUUAAUAUGAAUGUUAUAAAUGAUACUAGCCAUUUUAUUUAUAACUUUAUAAAAAAGGUAUUCAUCAGGAGUUCACCUUUCACUUUCAUGCAAUUGGGUGCAUUGGUGGGCUUUAUCCAGGAACUAGGAAGGAAGAUAGGGGUGGCAGGAGUGCAUUUGCAUAGUUACCCAGAUGAUCAUUGUCUGUAGUUGAGGAUUAUAUUUCAUCAUUGCUUCUAGAAGGUUGUAGUUCUUUUCUUUGGUGCAGUGUUAUCUGAGUGCCAUCACUAGAUAAUGUGGAUGAAUAGGGAAGUCAGAAGAGAUUUAUUGCAAGGUACAGUUAGAACAACAAGUAAGAAGUUUAUUUAUUUAUUUUAAUUUUUCCUUACUGUUGAUAAAAAAAAAAAAACAGUGAGUAGUUUGGUGGCAUGGAGACUGUACCAAAUGCAUUUGCUUACUUGACAAAAUGAUUAUUUGACAAACUUUCAGUGUCUAUUUGCUGGGUCAAAUAUCUCUUUAAAUUGCAAGUGAAAACUUGCCACUAGAUGGCAGUGCCUGUGUGGGUGGAGAAAAAAUUGCCACCAUUCUUGGUAUGAUAAAUAGUGUAGCUGAGAUGGGGUGGUGAAAUAGGAGUAUCAGCCUAACAUUCUUAAUUGAAUUUGUCUUGAAUAAAUAAACUGAAAAUUUGUAGAAAAGUGAGUAAGCAAAAAA